UAUCAGCGUUGUCGAGCUGUGCCCAGUUCUUCCUCACAAUCAGCUUUGAGGAGUCUUUGCAGAGGUAAUCUCCUGGAGUCGUUUGUCGGCAAAACCAACUGAGAGUCAUAGAGGACAGAGAGAUGUGGAUAGUUAUUCCCGGUGGCAGGAAACAUUGGAAUCACAGGUCAAACGGAACUAGAGUCCACAGACAAGAGGCAGGAGUGGGCAGUUACAAAUGUGUCUGAAUCUGGAGAACUGGGAUAGAAAGAGUUCAACGAAUCUGCACGUUAUUUAUUUAUGUUUAAUGUAAUUGAAUGAAACGUUAUACAGUUAUCACCACGACAGACGUGAAUGAAUGGAGCGUGGUUAAUGCUGUAGGUGUAUUGAAGCUGUGGAUUACUAUCAAGACAGGGUCGAAGAUGGAGUGUGAUCUCAUCAAGGAGGAGGUCCUUGGGCAGGCGUGUGCAACACCACCAAAGCCAUUUCGAAAGAAGACUCCUGUUCCAGAUAAAGAGGUGGACCCUAUACUAGAAUCACACUUCUUUGCAAGGGAUGUCCGUGCGUUCGGGUCUAUCCACAUUAAAGAGGACCCAGAACUAAAAUCUUUCCAUGUUAAGGAAAUCCCUGAACUGCACUCUGACUUUGAAGAGAAUAUCCGUGAGCAUGGAUCUGUCUGUCUUGUAGAGGGAGAGGAGAACGGAAAGGACACGCGCCAAGAUCAAAUGCAUACUGGGGACACUUUGUAUUGCUGCAUUGAUUGUGGGAAGAGUUUUAGUUCUUUAGACGCCCUUUCAAAUCACCAGCAAGUUCACCCAAGAGAAACCUCGUUCCACAGCGCUGGCGGGAGCGUCUGUGAGUCUCAAGAUCAAGAGACAUCCGAGACCAAAGGAAACGUGGAUCAAGAAUGUCAAUCUUACCCCUGCUCUCACUGUAAGAUAUAUUUCACUGGGGAACAGCACCUUGAGAAGCAUAUCCAAAACAGACACACAGAGCACCCCUUUCCCUGCGCUCUCUGUGGGAAGAGUUUCAGAGACUCUGACAAACUGAAAAAGCACCAGCAAAUUCACACGGGACAGAAACCGCACCACUGCAAUGAAUGCGGGAAGAGUUUCACUCAGUCUUCAGCUCUGAAAACGCACCAGCGAAUCCACACAGGGGAGACCCCCUAUCACUGUGCCGAAUGUGGCAAGAGAUUCAAGCAGCUGGGAGCUCUUAAAACUCACCAGCGUUAUCACUCUGGAGAUGCUCCCUACCGCUGUGCUGAGUGUGGCAAGACUUUCAAACAGUUAGGAGACCUUAAAAAACACCAACAAGUUCAUACUGGUGAGAGGCCGUAUCACUGUACCGAAUGUGAGAAGGGUUUCCGAGACUUGGGACACCUUAAGACGCACCAGCGACUUCACACAGGAGAGACUCCCUAUCACUGCAAUGAGUGCGAGAAGCGUUUCAAGCAGUUGGGCGAUCUGAAAACGCACCAGAGAAUUCACACAGGAGAGACCCCGUAUCGCUGUAUCGAUUGCGGGAAGAGUUUCAGAGAGUCUGGGCACCUUAAGAAACACCAGCGCAUUCACACAGGUGAGGCGCCGUAUCGCUGCACUGACUGUGGGAGGCGUUUCAAGGAUUCCGGGAACCUUAAAAGACACCAGCGGAUUCACACAGGGGAGACCCCACACCAGUGUACGGACUGUGGGAAGAGUUUUAGACAUUUGGGAGAUCUUGUGAAACACCAGAGAGUUCACACAGGAGAGACACCCUAUCACUGUAUUGAAUGUGGAAAGAGUUUCGGGCAAUCCGGCACCCUGAAAACUCACCAGCGAACCCACAAAAGAGACAAGUCGCUGAACUAAAUGCAAGACUAAAAGCUGGUUCAUCUUUUAAAAGCAUCAGAGUGUUUUUACAUAAAUGACUUAAGUUUAGUGUUAAACAAUGCUCAUUUGGUAAAAGCACAGCUGCUUGGAGUGCAGGGCGAGUCUUCCAGCACAAGUCUGUGUCCUAGCUGUGCAAAGUUGUUGGUCCAAAGGGAGUAUCGCAUUGGUGCUGGUGCUUCUGUGGGUUAGGGAGGAAUUGCUACAGUUUUAGUUAUGUACCUUAAUUUGGAACCUAAUGCAUUGGAUUAAAAGUAGCUGCUGUUGCCCGUCUUCAGUUGUAAUAGUAUAAUAAUGUGUUUUGAUUUCAAAUGUCAUAAUUUUAGAAUGUAUGGAAUAGAGUAUUUACAAUAUUAAAAUGUUCAUGAAACGAUGUGAAAACACAGCCCUAUAUUAUACUGUAUGUGCAGAAGGCAACAAUUUGUAUGGAAGAGAAUUUGACAGUAAAGAUAAAUCAAUUUCUGAUAAACCCAUGAAAUAUGGUGGUUUUGCCCUUUGGUUCAGUGUGAAAGAUAGCAGGGCUUGUCUUCAAUAAGAGCCUGAACAUACAGAUGUUCCCAUCCUUCAUGUCUUCAUGUGGAGGAAGCUGUCCUUGUGCAUGAAUAUAGUAGCACUUAUCAGAAUUAUUUCCAAGUUCUGGAUGUGCAGUUUUGGGGAAUCUGAGCGAUUGCUUUUUUCUUUUUUUAAUAGAUUGCAAAAAUCUGGUUUAGAUGUUGUUUGGAAACUAAGCAAAAUAUCCCAGUGUAACAUCACCUUGUCGAAUAUAUAUAUA